AUGUUGGUUAAUUCAGAUUGUUCAGAUAAAAAUUUCGGUUAAUUCGAAUAAUUUUAAAUAUUUUAGAUAUAAAAAUAUUUUGUUAAUUUGAGUUUAGGAUAAUUCGGCUUUUUAGGAUAUUUGGUAUUUUAAAAUUUUGGUAUCUAUUCGCUUCUCCGUUCGGUUUCGGUUUGUCGGUUCCAUAGUAAAGUAUGUUCAUAUUAUGAAAUUUGGUUCAGUUUUUGUAUUGAUUCUGUAUGAUUUGGUUUUUCGGUGCCCAAUAUGAAAAUAAAAUUCAAGUUGCAAAUGUGAAAGCAGCUCAAAGACUGUUGACUUUGCAGAUAAUAACUGAGCAAUAUAUCAUUUUGCAGGUAAAGUGUGAAUAAGUCACAGAUAAAAGGUUCAAGAGAGAUCGUGUGUCAAGCUACAGAGAAGAUGGCUUCAGCUACUGUUGAUGUUGGAAUCGGACUGAUGCUUAGCCUCCUAGAAAACGAAACCUUGUUGAUGUCAGGAGUUCAUAGCGAGAUUGAGAUGAAAAAGGAGGUGCUUAUCAUAAAGUCCUUUCUUGAGGACACCCAUAAACAAGAUGGGAAUGGAUCCACCAUCACCACGGCAACAACAACUCAACUCUUUCCAACUUUUGCGGCAAACACAAAGGAUGUGGCUUACCAAGUGUAAGACAUCAUCGAUGAGUUUACCUAUCACAUCUAUCAUAAUCGAUGCUGCACAAAGCUUUGGCGUGCAGUUCAUUUCCCCAAGUAUAUGUCGACUACACACUCCAUAGCUCAGAAGCUAGAAAAGGUGAAUGUCUUGAUUCAUUAUUCUGAAUCCAUGAAAAGUGUUGUUGAUGAUUGUGGUACAAAGAAGUUGGAAUCAGAGUGGAAACAAGUCUCAACUCUUUGAACUGAGACUGAUGAACAAAAAGAGCUCAUGGUUGUUUGAAGCAUCUUGUUGCUUAGCUUCAGUGACCUGUCAUAUCCUCUUAAACGUUGUUUCUUAAACUGUCCUAUGUUCCUUGUGAACUAUCAGGUGAAAAGAAAGAAGCUCGUUAGGAUGUGGAUGACACAAUGGUUUGUGUAACCGAUCAGAGGAGUGAAAACAGAGGAAGUGGCUGAUGGUUAUUUUGGACGACCCAAAGUGUUCAAGAUGCAUGAUGUGAUCAAGGAGAUUGCUCUUUCUAUAUCCAAAGCCGAAAGAUUAUGUGGUGUAUCUAAUAACAACAAUGAUGAUGAUGAUGCAUAAACAACUGAGAGUUACGAUCGCCAUUUAUGCAUUCAGAAAGAGAUGAGGUCAGGUACCGUAAGUAGAACAAAUCUUCCCUCUAUUUUGGUUUGCACUAAAUUUGAACUGCCUCCAAUUCUGAGACUUCUAAGAUCCUUAGACCUUGAAGGCUCUGGCAUCAACAAGCUACCAGAUUUUUGGUUAACUCUAUUCAACUUAAAAUACUUGAACUUGUCGAAAACCAAAGUGAAGGAACUCCUAAGAGACUUCCAUAGACUCAUCAACUUGGAGACAUUGAACACUAAGCACUCUAAGGUUAAUGAGCUUCCUCUAAGGAUGUGGAAGCUAUGGAAGUUGCGUUAUCUGAUAUUUUUUCAUUGCAACUAUGGACAUGAUUCCAACUAAAACUAUAUUUUAGGUACAAGAGUUUCUCCGAAUAUCUGCUAGCUGAAGGAUUUGCAAGCCAUAGACUGCUUCAACGCAUAAGCUAAGCUUAUCAAAACGCUAGGGAACAUGACUCAACUCAGGAUAAUAAGUCUUGUCAUGAUUAGAAGAGAACAUCGAAGUGACUUAUGCGAGUCACUUAAUAAGAUCAAAAGACUCAGAUUUUUAUCCCUAACAUCUAUUCAUAAAGAUAAACCGUUAGAUAUAGAUGGACUGAUAGCAAAUUCUAGCAUUGAGAAACUCUUUCUUACAGGGAAACCGGAAAGAAUACCAAGUUGGUUUAGUAACCCUCAGAACGUUACUUAUUUGGGCCAGCGCGGAUCUCAGCUGCAAAAAAACGCCAUUCAUUAUAUCCAAACACUUCCUAAAUUAGUGUGGCUUUCGCUUUACAAUGCGCACAUGGGGACUAGAUUGUGUUUUGAUGAAGGGUUUGAGAAUCUGAAGAUUCUGGAUAAAGUCCAGAUGCAGCAUCUUACAGAAGUUGUGAUAGAAGAUGGUGUGAUGUUUGGGCUACAAAAGCUUUAUGUCAAAGCUCGUAGAGUGUUGGAGUCGGUGCAGAAAGGGAUAGAGAAUCUUGUGAACCUCCAAGAACUACAUUUGAGUCAUGUUUCUGAUCAGCUAGUGAUUUGUGGGGAAGAGGGUGUAGUCAGGUCGAGGGUUAAACACAUUCCUGCCAUCAAGCAUCAUUUUAGAAAUGAGAAUGGCUCUUUUUAUGUGAGCCUCUCGUCUUGAGUGGCUGGACAAGGUAGUUACUGGUGGUACAUGUUUAGUAACUCCUCUUUCAUAAUAUCGUUUUCUCAUAAUGAGCAAAUUACAUAUCUACAAUAACUAGUGAAUUUUAAAAUAGGAAUUAUUUUAAAAUUUGUUAUUUAAAGAACCGUGUAUAAAAGGAAAUAAAUAAAAUAAAAUAUCAACAUUUGACCAUAAAAAUUGUGCACCAUUGAUAAAGAUUCAAAAUUGAUACUCUCUCCGUUUUUAAUAAAUUAUGGUUUACAGAUUUUUUUUGGCUUUAAAUAUUAUAAUACUUCCAACUUUUCAAUAUAAAAUUUAUUAAUUUUUAUAUGUUAUGACCAUGUAUUUUAUAGUCUAUUUUAUUAUCGGUUGAA